AGUGCCCUGAGGUUGGGGAUACGCGCGCCAGUCCGCGAGGGAGAGGGGGAAGGGACAAGCAGCCAGAGAGGGAGCCCGAGGAAGGAAAGUGUGCGCGCGCACGGACAUUCCUGGGCGGCGGCGGUGGCGCGCGCGGAGCCGGGAGGGGCGGGAGCGCGCGCAGGGGGCCGGCCCGUGGCGGGCGGGGGCGCGCGGAGGCGGCGGAGAGUUAGUUACUUGUUGUGAGUGUCAGCGGCGGCAGCUCCAGGCGGAGGCGGCGGCGCGCGCCUCCCGCCCCCUCCCAGCCCCGGUCGGGCGGACGGACGGACAGACGGAGCGUGGCCCGCGCCUGUGGCUCUCAGGUAGCUGCUAAAACUAGCCCUGGUGCACUGGGUGCCUUUCCAUCCUGGGUUUGGGUGCAACACGACGUGGAAGCAUUUCAGAGCUGGAAAAAAAGGCUCCUAAUCCCCAGCCCCUACAAUGUGACUCUUCAAGCCACUUACUGUUCCCAAGUGGACGUCUGCACUGGUGGGAGCCAGUCACAGAAAGCAAUUAAAAGGGUCUCCUUGCCCUGGAACAUCUAACUGUCUUUAUGGCAUCUCAUCCUAGAAUAUGCUUCUACUUGGCCACCCCUCUUCUUCUGUUGAGGCUUUCAGCUCCAAUUAAAAGGCUUCAGCAGCAGCAGUCUGGACCCCAUCCCUGAUAAGGCAGGGUGCAGCAUUUCAGCAGUAGCUGAAGAAGAGCGCUUCGUUGUUUGUGUGACCCUCAGUUCUCUUCACUUCUCUCAGAAGACGUUGUUUUCCUGAUAAAGCGACACAAAGAAUAAGACAAAAAAGGAAGCAAAUUCACCUUGGAGAAAUCCAAAGCACGUGGAAGUUUUACAGAAACCUCCCACCAUCUGCUGCUCAAGCCACACUGGGCCCUGGGACAGACCAAGUGCUUCAGAUGUAAAUGGUUGACGACCACUUUGGAGAGCUGCUAGUGGACGAAAGCCUUGCCAUGCACUGAAGUUGGAGCAUCACGAGGGAAGCUCCAAGAAAAAUGUCUGCUUGUAACACCUUCACGGAGCACGUCUGGAAGCCUGGCGAAUGCAAAAACUGCUUCAAGCCCAAAAGCCUGCACCAACUGCCUCCCCCGCCUGAGGCAGCCCCCCUCCCCCACGGCAGCCUGAAGACCAAUGCCAACCACAGCAACAACCACCGAGUCCGGAACACGGGCAACUUCCGGCCCCCUGUGGCCAAAAAGCCCACGAUAGCUGUGAAGCCCACCAUGAUGGUGGCCGGUGGGCAAAGCAUGAGCGCUGAGGCUGGCACCCCGGAGCACUGUGAGAACAAGCCGGUGAUCAUCAGCUGGAACCGAAACAGGGCUUCCUUGAGCAAAAAGCCACUCAAUAAUAAUAACAACAACGAGGAGGAGAUUGAAGGAUUUAGCCACGUUCAUAGGCCUUUUGGCCCCAAUGACAGUGUGAGUAAGAUCGCAAAUAACAAUAAUGGCCUGACUGAAGUGUUAAAGGAGAUAGUGGGUUUGGAUCCCACCCCGCAGCAGGUAGAAAAUGAAAAUAACUCGAGGGAAACGUUCCUGGGCAGAAUCAGUAACUGCUACAAACGGUCCCUGGAAAGGAAGCUUCCCCCCAGCUGCAUGAUGGGAGGGAUGAAGGACUCUCAGAGGAAGCACGUCAUUCUGAGCGGAAGCACCGAAGUUAUCAGUAAUGAAGGGGGCCGUUUUUGUUACCCGGAGUUUUCUAGUGAAGACGAGAGUGAGGACGAUGCCUUUUUUAGCAGCAUGCAUGAAGAACACGAGAGCUGGGAUGAAAGUGAUGAAGAGCUGUUGGCCAUGGAAAUUCGUAUGAGAGGGCAGCCUCGCUUUGCCAACUUCAGGGCAAACACCUUAUCCCCUGUUCGAUUCUUUGUGGGCAAAAAGUGGAACACCGUCCCCCUGAGAAACAAGUCCCUCCAGAGGAUCUGUGCCGUCGACUAUGACGACAGCUACGAUGAGAUCCUGAAUGGUUAUGGAGAAGAUUCUGUGAUCCCCUACGGGCAGGAAAGCAUGCAGAGCGUGGUCUCCUCGGACUCCACGUCCCCCGAGUCGUCUUUAACGGAGGAGUCUCGCUCUGGGACCGCUAGUAGUUCGUCUCAAAAGCUCUGCAAUGGGGGAACGUCUCCUAGCACUCCCAAGGAUGUGAAGGAGAUCAAAUCCGUUGAACCGGAUGAUGAAAACUCUGAUAACCAGCCAGUGAAAGACGUGGCCGAUGCCCCCAAAAGCCCCGCCAAAGUCUUAGAGACCCACAAGGCGGUUCUCGCUCUCCGAUUAGAAGAGAAAGAUGGCAAGAUCGCUCUUCAAACUGAGAAGCAAGAGAGCAAAAGUUCCACAGACCUGGCUGGGCAAGCGGUGACUAUAAACUUAGUGCCUCUGGAGGAACAAGCAAAGCCUUACCGAGUCGUGAAUCUGGAACAGCCAGUGUGCAAGCCCUACACCAUAGUGGACGUGUCAGCAGCCAUGACCGGUGAGCACGCGGAGGGUCAGGCCGAGAGCCCCAAACCCAGAAGCGCGGUGUCCACCCCAAAUUCCCCUCUCAUGUCUCCCACUUCCACGUCAGCACAGGCUCAUUUCAAAAAGUCCAGUACCAUCCGAUACCAGGAAGUGUGGACAUCCAGUACGAGCCCACGCCAGAAGAUGCCUAAAGUGGAACUAGCCACUGGUGGCACAGGACCAACCGUCCCUCCGAGGAAAAACUCCCAUAAGUCGGCCCCUACUUCGCCCACAGCUACCAACGUUUCUUCCAAAACGAUCCCGGUAAAGUCACCCAAUUUGUCCGAAAUCAAGUUUAACAGUUACAACAACGCCGGCAUGCCCCCUUUCCCAAUUAUCAUCCACGAUGAGCCGACUUACGCCCGGAGCGCCAAGAACGCCAUCAAGGUUCCCAUCGUGAUCAAUCCGAAUGCCUAUGACAAUCUGGCCAUCUACAAAAGCUUCCUGGGAACCAGCGGAGAGCUGUCCACAAAGGAGAAAACCACGAGCGUGAUAAGCCACACGUACGAAGAAAUAGAGACGGAAUGCAAAGGAGCAGAGAGUCCCGGCAGCAAGCCUGCCGAGGGCUCCCUGGGGAAGGGCCGCUCCAACAGCACCGAGCACAGGAAAGGCUCUGUGGCUCAAAAGGUCCAAGAGUUUAACAGCUGUCUCGGUAGAGGCCAGCCUUCCCCCCCGAGGAGACAGAGCUCUGCCCAGGGCUCCCCAGCGCGACCCCAAAGAACCACUCAGGAGUCCGUAGCCAGGGUCGAAGGCCCUCUGGAGUCCUCGACGGCCGGCGGCGGCGGCCGGGAGAAGGCGAGCACGGUGCUCUCUCAGAUCGUGGCCUCUAUCCAGCCUCCGCAAUCUCCCCCAGAAACCCCUCCCUCUGGCCCCGAAGCCUGCGGCGUGGAAGAGCUGUACGCUCUGCCUCCGGGUGACGAAACCCCGAGCAGUCCUCCCACGAGGCCGAAAUCUCUCUUUGCCACCCCGCAGCCCAGCCACGAGAGUGAAGUGGCCCCGGCUGUCCAGAGCCCCGGCACUCAGGGGCACAAGGAGCUGCCCUCCCAGCCGGCCACUGGUCACUCCACCAAAUUCGCAGCCAGCACUCCUACGCCGAGUCCCCAGACGGAACCAGGGCCUCCCUUCCCCCCUCCACGCUCCACUUCCUCUCCCUACCAUGCGAGCAACCUCUUGCAAAGACACUUCAGCCACUGGAGCAAGCCAACGAGCCCCACCAGGGCCACCGAGGCCGAGUCCAUCCUGAACUCCGAGGGCCGGCGGGGGGCCGACAACAAACCUAAGCGCUGGAUCUCCUUCAAGAGCUUCUUCCGCCGUAAGAAGGCCGACGAGGACGAAGACAAAGAGAAGGAGAGAGAGAAGGGCAAGUUGGUGGGCCUCGAUGGCACCGUCAUCCACAUGCUUCCCCCUCCUCCCGUCCAGCGCCACCACUGGUUCACCGAGUCGAGAACCGACGCCAGCGAGAAGCCGUCCAUCGUCUUCAUGUACAGGUGCGACUCGGCGCAGGGCGCAGAGCCGGGCGCUGACUCGGACAGGCCAGGCGUGGAGCGCGUCGUGAUCUCCGACAAGAGUGAACUCGAAGAAAGGAUCCUGCGCGACGCGGAGAGGAAGCAGCGGAGCCCUUCUCCGUCGCGUCUCCCCAAGAAGAGCCUCAGCCAAGUGCCCCACGAGGGCCCGGCGGAAGGCGCUCCGCCCCGCGUUCCCGGGAAGGAGGCCGGCAGCGAUGCUCCGGCGGGCCUGCCUGCGUUGCCCCCGCACACCCCGGAGAGGGAAGAGGAUGCCUCGGACCCCUCUGACGACAGUCCCUGCCGAGCCACGUACAGCAACCUGGGGCAGUCCCGAGCGACCAUGAUCCCCCCCAAGCACCCCCGACAGCCGAAGGGGGCCACAGAUGACGCCAUCGCUUUUGGGGGGACCCCGGAGCUGGAGGCCACACCACCCCCCCUGCCAAAGAAAACCAUCUUAAGGGCCAACACCGAGCCACUGCCCAGGGCCCUGGAGAACCAUCCGUGCCUCCUGGCCAACCCCACAUACGACCUGGAGGCCCGCUGGGACGGCAGCAGCGCCGGCUCCUCCCUCAGCUCCGAGCCCAGGGGCCCUGGGCCGGGGUCCUGCGACUCGCUCGACCGGCCCCUGCCCAGGGACAGGCGCGCCUCCAGCCUGGUGCCCUUCUCCACCAGCACCGAGUCUCUGGCGGGGCGGCGCGGGCCCCCAGGCAGGCAGAGCAAGAGCGCGCAGAAGCCCCAGAGAACGGCGCUCUACCGGGGCCUCGACAGCCGCGAUGAACUUGUGGCCAAGAUCCGGAGCCUGCACGGCGACGCUUUGAAGAAGCUGGCCCUCCAGUGCGAGGACCUCUUCAUGGCCGGCCAGAAGGACCAGCUCCGCUUCGGGGUGGACAGCUGGUCGGAUUUCCGGCUGACCAGCGACAGGCCCUGCUGUGAGGCCGGCGAUGCCGUGUACUACCAGGCCUCCUAUGCCAAAGAGCCACUCAGCAGCUACGCCGUCAAGAUCUGCAAAAGCAAAGCGAAGGAAUCGCAGCAGUAUUACCACAGCCUGGCCGUGCGGCAGAGCCUGGCCGUCCACUUCAACAUCCAGCAGGACUGCGGCCACUUCCUGGCCGAGGUCCCCCUGCGGCUCCUGCCCUGGGAGGAUCCCGACACCCCCGGGGACGAGGACGAGGACGGGGACGGGGAGGGGGGAGGGGCCGAGGCGGGCGCGGGCGGCGGCCCCGGCCAGCAGCGCAGCCACGUGGUGGUGAUCACGCGGGAGGUGCCGCACCUCACGGUGGCCGACUUCGUGCGGGAGUCCUCGGCGCGGCACGGGAGGAGCCCCGACGCGUACGAGCGGCAGGUGUGCCUGCUGCUGCUGCAGCUGUGCUCGGGCCUGGAGCACCUGAAGCCCUACCACGUCACGCACUGCGACCUGCGCCUCGAGAACCUGCUGCUGAUCCGCGGCCGGCCCGAGGCCGAGGCCGGCCCGGCGCGGCUCCUGGUGAGCAACUUCUCGCAGGCCAAGCAGAAGAGCCGGCUGGCCGAGCCCGAGGCGCUGCGGGACCGCUCGCGGCUGGCGCCCGAGAUCCUGACGGCCACGCAGUACAAGAAGUGCGACGAGUUCCAGACGGGCAUCCUCAUCUACGAGAUGCUGCACCUGGCCAACCCCUUCGACGAGAGCCCCGGCCUGAAGGAGCGCGAGUACACGCGCGCCGACCUGCCGCGCAUCCCCUGCCGCUCGCCCUACUCGUGGGGCCUGCAGCAGCUGGCCGGCUGCCUGCUGCACCCCAACCCCUCGGAGCGCAUCCUCAUCUCGGACGCCAAGGGCGUGCUGCAGUGCCUGCUCUGGGGCCCCCGCCAGGACCUCUUCCCGAGCCUGGGCGGCCCCGCCGGCCCGCGCGGCGCCGCGCUGCAGAGCUGGCUCGACAUCAAGCGGACGCUGCUCAUGGUCAAGUUCGCCGAGAAGGCCCUGGACCGCGCGGGCGGCGUCAGCCUCGAGGACUGGCUCUGCGCCCAGUACCUGGCCUUCGCCACCACCGACUCGCUGGGCGGCAUCGUGGACAUCCUGCAGCAGCGCUAGCCCCGGGCGCCGGGGGGGGGCGGGGAGGCCCGCCGGCCCGGCCCCCCCAGCGCCCCCUCAGUGUUACCAGUCCGGCAGGCGCUGCCCGCGCCCACGGAUCUAUGUGCAAUCCCUGUCUGUCCUCUUAGCCCUCUCGUGCACUGUUUGCGCCGCCGCUGGGACUCGACCCUCCCCGUCCUCCCCCGGCACACCAGACGAGGCUCCGCGCGUGUGCGUGCGCGUGUGCGCGCGUGCUUCGUUCGAAACUGUGAGGAAUCCCUUUACGUCAGCCGUGAAAACAAAGUAGCCACUUCGAACACGCGGCGCCCUUGGAAAUGCCUCCGCCCUGGGGCGGGCUUUAAUUGGGGGGGAGGGGGGAGGGGAGAGGGGAGGAGGAGGAGAGGGGGCGCCUUGUCCUGUCCUGCUCCCUUGUGUUCAUGGAAAAGGCAGUCCUGGGACUUGAUGGGUGUCCUCUUCCUUCCCGUGGGUGCCGUCAUCUCCCUAGAAGACCCCUGGGCGGGGGUGGGAGCGGGGCUCAUCCCCUGACCCAGGCCAGCUCCAGAGUGGAGAGGCAGAAGGUCUGGGCCCCAAAGGCCACCCAUUCCCGGCCUGGUGGCACCCUGUCAGGCUCCUGACACCCCGGGCAGGGCCCCGAGCCUUCCUCGAUCCCUCACUGUCUCCCGUCUGUCUGUGUGUGCCAUGACUGAUCCUGGUGAUUCCCUCCCACUCUCCAGCCUCAGAAGGCUGGCCUCCAGCGCUAGCUUGUGCGGCCCCGGCCUCUGCUGGUCCCAACACCGGCCUCUGCCGGCCCCAACACCGGCCUCUGCCGGUCCCAACACCGGCCUCUGCCGGCCCCAACACUGGCCUCUGCCGGCCCCAACACCGGCCUCUGCUGGCCCCAACACCGGCCUCUGCCAGCCCCUGCAGGCCCCAACACAGGCCAUCCCCAACACUGGCCUCUGCCAGCCCCAACACCGGCCUCUGCCAGCCCCAACACCGGCCUCUGCCAGCCCAGCGGUUCCUGAAGAAGUUCAGCCAAAGUGUCAGAGGUCGGGGUCAGCCUGGAGGCCAUGAGAUGGUCCCGGGAGCGCGAAUCCCCUCCCGACGUUUGCUCGGUGGGCUACCAGGUCGGGCUGUUGCUUUGAGUGGGGGUCCCUUGGGAGUUGCCUUCUCUGGGAGGGAGGGGGGAGAAGCUGUUCUUUGGGGGGGGCCAACCACGGCCUGAGCCUGCCCCGACGCGAGGACGCCGAUGGAGCCGCCCCAAGUGAUCUUCCAAGAAUGUGAUUCCAAAACAAAGCUCUUCCGGCUCUUCGCAGUCGUGGCAAGCGUUCUAGCCGUGUGACAGCUGCGGCAGGAAUCCCGAAUCCGCCUCCGCUGGGACAGCGAGCCUGUGGCCGGCCCUAGGAGCUCCAGCGCCCUUUCAGUCCUCUCAAGGAAUGACCAGUUGGCGGGCAGCACCAUGGAUGGGAAAUAGAGACUCUCCUUUUCCCUUGGCUCCGCCUCAGACACGUCCAUCUGUAUCAAGAGUGCACACAUCAAGCAGCCUUUUGAACGCGAUUUAAAGCGAGCCGUUUGAUAAAGCCAGAGAGAGCAAGGCCAGAGCUCGGACCCGUUUGGGUCAGUGGAAGAGGAGGGCCAGGCGAGAGCUGCCAAGACCAGGGACGGGACCUAGAACAGAGCAAGUGCCUUGUUAGAAUCAGAAUCUGCUCUUCAAAGGGGAUCCCUGGCAGUUUGACCCACGUUCAGAGACGUCGCCAGCAUGCGGUGGGAAAAGGCAGCCUCUCAAGACUGGGCGAACCAGGGCUCCAGAAGCUGAGCGUCACAUCUCGGGCUCAGAAAGGGGCGCAAUUGAAAUCUGAGGGGCCCCACCAUGGGAUGAGGUCAUCGGGAGGGCGCUCCAGCGGGGCCCGGAGCUCGAGGAGAAUUCGAAACGCGGUUCUCUGGUCUGCAGAAUCCCCGGCCCCGCCGUUAUCCAGCUGAUCCCGAGGAAGAAGACCGACGUUUUACAGUUGGGGAAAAUACAUUUCGAUCCACGAGGAACAGGACGUCGCUCAUCCCCUCAAAGAUGAAGCGAAUCCAUUUUUGCUUCCAAACCCCAAAUGAGUGUGCAGCCUCGGUGUAAGGCUGGAGACCUCGAGGCCCCUCUGCAUGGAAAUAUUAAAGCAGGUCCCAUUUCGAGAGAAUCUGGCUGGAACGUCCCGGCACUGGAGAACUUCCGAAGGGCCUUUGGGUCAAAUGAAGUGAGACGGUCAGAGCAGGCUCCCCGGACCUAAGCCCCGAACCGGAGGAGGCUGGAAAACCAUUUGCAAGCCCCGAGAGCAAGCAGGACUUAAAGACAUCUGAAUUCUUCUUGGGCCUCCUAAGAGCUAACGUUUACCCUCUCUAAACAAGUCAGCAGGAGAUAAAGAUCCAAGCAAAUGACAUGGGAGGGCUCUGACAUCUUGGCACUGAAGCCCAAGUCUGGAGGGGAUUCCUUCCGCCCCUUUCUCCUUCCAUCCUCUUCAAGGGAUGGUGCCUACCUACAAAUGGUUACAGACGGCUCUACCUUGGGAGGAGGCCGUACAGAGAGUGUUACUCCCAUUUUACAGAGAAAGAAACGAGACUUUGAAGAGACAAAUGGUUUUCCAGGGUCUCAUACCAAGGGAGGGAAGAAGCUUGGCUUUGGAGUCCAAAGACCUAAAGGGUUCUCUAAGAAUCAGGUGUUAGGAAGUACCAAAGUCAGAAUUUGAACCCAGAAUCCAGUAUUGCUACCCUGACUCCCACAAGUGUAGCUCAGUCUAAGGAGCAAGUCAUUUAUUGUUCUGUUUCCUCCCUAACCGCAUGAUUCACUUUACCUCAGUUGAGUUAAUACUCUUCCCAUCCCCCAAGUGAUCUGCACCCUUGACUUCAAAUCACUGCUCUUAAGUGUGCACUGAAAUCCAACCGGCUGCCCUCAGCAGCCCCAAGGGCAUGUGGGCAGGUCCCAGCACCCAAACCGAGAGGGGGCGGGAGGGAUGGUACCAAAGAAAUGGAGCCCCGCUCACCCUGGCGCUGAAGGUGAAGCCAGAAGAGGGAAAUGGACACACAAUCCACUUCCAUCCUUAGAAAAGAUUUCCUUAUUUAUUUCUUUUUUUGCCUAUAUAUAAAACAGUCAUGUGUUAGGACAGGAAGAGAACAAAAGUCACAUCCCCUCCCCCCCCAAAAAAACAAACAGCACCGGGCUGAAUGUACGGUUCCAAAGAACCUGACCUCUCCUCUCCCCUUCUUCCCUCUCGAGGGGCUGUCGAGCUCUUCCCUGGAGAUCCCCUGGUGAAGAAACAGCCCGUCUCUUUGACACUGUAUUUGAAGGCUUUUUUUUCCUUUUUAAUGAUGGUUUCCGUAGGUGGUGCUUUAAAGAAUUCUUGGGAGAUUUCUUUAAUGGAUUGUGAAUGUUUUGAUAAACCUUCCUGUAGAGGUGUUUACCACUCGCUCAUCAUGCCAUCAUGCAGCAGUUACUAAGUGCCCAGAAGGAGAGAGGGGCUCCCCGGCUGUCUGGCCCUCUUGCGUUCUCCACCUGAGCAGCCUGCCCCUGUUCGGGCGCCGCAGCCCCGAGAGGAGUGUCCGUGCGGUGGGUCAGCCUCUUCCCAUCCAUCUCACCCUCUGUAUUUUUUUAAUCCAAGGUGGUUUCAGGGAUUCAGAGGACGUUGGAAAUUUUUUUACAUAGAAGAAAUAUAAAGACAUAUAUAUUACUAUGAACUUUAUCGUAUUUCCGAAAUUCCACUUGGCCCUUCGUGUGUGUGCGUGUGCGUGUGUGUGCUUGUGUGUGUGUUGGAGGGGAAGGAAGGAAGGGUUGGGGUGCGUGUGAACCCACACACAGCAGAUAGGUUUGAAUGUUGAACUACCCGAAGGUUCCGGGGUAGACUCUUGGAAAGGACAACUCGCACUGCUUGGUCCGACGCGAAGAGUCGUCCCUGACCUCGCCCGUGUCAGAAGGUUCUGGGUCUGAACGGGCUAGGUCAGGAUUCUCUGCUGUUGCCAGGAGGGCUGGGGGCUCCGGGGUCACCCGAUUAAAGAGGUUCCUUCUCUCUGGGCUUUGUCCUUGGAAUUUUCUUUCCAAUGACUCUCCCAGGCCUGCCCCUCGCUCCGUGGAAGCUUUCUCUUGGGAAAGCUCGUCUUGGUUGCUUUAUCUGAAGCUUCAUCUCUCUGGUCACCCAUUUUAUAGAUGUAUAAAUAUAUUAACUAAAUCUCCCUCUGUCGUUGGGGGGCAAUUCUAUGCUCUGGUUUGCUGUGGUACUUGCUGUGGACGCUGUGGCAUUCAUGUUACUGUGUAAAUAAAAUCAUUUUAUUACACCGAAA